AUGUCCCGCGGUGGCUUUAGGGAGCGCCCCAUCAUCGUGAUCUCCGAUUCCGAGGACGACCUCGACGUGCUCCCCAAACCCAAGGCACUUUCUCGAAAAGCAGGAAAGUCCACCAUCGUACCUAUCUCAAAGCCGAACAGUAAGAUGCCUCUAUCCCCUCGCCGCACUGUCGUGUUUGCUCCGUCCCCAGCGAAGCCCGACUCGGUCGGUUCGAAGCCCAACAUCACCCCAGCUACCAAGAAGCCCAUUGCCAAAUUCACGAAGUCACCUGCUCCUCAGAAAAAGGCCAUCGUCAUCAGCGAUAGCGAAGACGACAUGGACGUGAAGUCUCUUGGCCUAGACCAGUUGAAAAUUGGGGAUCCAGAUAUGAUAGUAGGAAGGAGCUUUGGAGUCGAUAUUGAUGAUGAUUUGGCAAGUGCAGGGGAUGUACUGAGCUCGCCAACUCGCCGUCCUUCCGCCAAGCUUCCCUCUCUCCUCACCUCUUCCUUACCUCUCGCCCCUCCCCCCGUAUCUGGAAAGAGCGCCUCGUCUUUAGACUGCGAGAGCGACUCUGAAGAGGAUUGGGUGCCCACUCGGACUCCUCGCAGGACCCUCGGCAAAGCCAAGAGGCUCAUCCUUUCCGACGACGAAGAGGAGACAGAGGGGCUGCCAAUGGGCAGGACCGUAGCCAAAUCCAAGCGCCCCAAUGUUUCCCUCUUUCUGGAUCUAGCUGCAGAUGUAGAGGACGAGGAGGUUGAGGAUGGGGAGGAUGGCUACUAUGACGAGGACGACUCGUACGGCUCCCUGCGAGACUUCAUCGUCAAUGAUAGCGACGCAGAUGACUACACCGAAGCUCCUCCAUCGGACGAGUCGGAUGAAGAAGACUUUCAGUCCAGGAGUGAUCGGAAGAAGUCAAGACAGCCGCCCCAAGACAUUGAGGAGGCUGGAGAGCUGCCAGAGGAUGAUGAAGGCUCUGGAGGGACUCGAGGUAUCAGCUGGGGUGACGAGGAUACGAAUGACCUUCUACACUACUCGCCACCUCGCCGCCCGGUUCAAGUUUCCGACUUGAACAUCAAGUCACUGACCAUCAUCGAUGGCACCGACUCCGAAUCGGACGACCCUGUACCCAUCCAUACCCCAAACAAGCCAAAAAAACCAGUCAAAAUCAAAGCCAAGCCUCCAGACACUCCCUCUUCCAAGGCAAGGGCGGACAUGACGAAGAAGGGCUGGAACCAAGAGAGAGAGAAAAUCGCGAGCAGCCUGUUCAGAGAGCUGGACGAAACGGUGUUCCAAAAGAAGCUCGGGGAGAAGGGUGCGAAAGCGACUAUUGAGUGGAAUAGUCGCCUGUUGAAGACGGCCGGCAUGGCGAGACAAAUAAGACCCGUGCUCAAGGACGGCACCGUCUCGACAGUGUAUCUUAUCGAGCUCUCGGAGAAGGUGCUGACAGAUGAAUCUCGGAUCAAGAACACUCUUGCUCAUGAGAUGUGCCACCUGGCCACAUGGGCUAUCAGCGGCGAUCUCAAGAACCCACAUGGAAAGCACUUCAAAAGCUGGGCGAAUGCCGUCAUGAAUGUACGAGGCGACAUAGAGGUCACAACGCGUCACAACUAUGUCAUCGAGUACAAGUACGAGUGGAAGUGCUCGAACGCAACGUGUGGUGCGAUAUACAAGCGGCAAUCCAAGUCAAUCGACAUCACCAAACAAGUAUGUGGUACUUGUCGUAGUAAACUUGCCCCUCUCUUCGAGGCUAGCCAGAAGGCUGCCUCCGGGUUCCAGCUAUACCUGAAGGAGAAUAUGAAGAAUGCCAAGGCGGCGAUGCCUUCGGCCUCACACGGGGACGUCAUGAGGGCCCUCUCAGCUCGAUGGACAGGAGCUGGAAAGGGAGCGACGAGCGACGAGCAUGCCAAGUACUGGAAAGACAUGGCUGCAAGUAGACAAUUUCAACAAUGA